AUGGUCGAUGAAGCAGCCAGUGCUGAUACUGAAGCUGCAAAGAAAUAUCGAGCAGAAAGAAAGGCCUUGUUACUGUUAGAUAAUGCUCCCAGCCACCCUAUUAACCUUAAUGACCUUUUGAAUAAUAUCAAGGUUGAGUACCUGCCCAAGAACACAACUGCCUUGCUCCAGCUUAUGGAUCAAGGUGUGAUGGCCAGCUUUAAGGCUUACUUUCUAUGCAGGACAUUCAGACAACUUAUAGCUGCAAUUGAUGGAGAGGAACAGCUAUCACUUAGAGAUUUCUGGAAACAAUUUAACAUCACGAAUGCUAAAAACAACAUUGCUGACUCCUGGGAUGAGGUGAAAAAUACAACAAUGAAUGAUGUGUGGAAGAACAUCUGGCCAGAAUGUAUCCAAGAUUUCCAAGGGUUUCCCCAGGUUCAGACCUUAAAUGAGGCGCAACAGGAAAUUAUAGCUCUCGCAAAUGGUGCAGGGCUUGAGGAUGUGGAUCAGGAUGGUGUGGUUGAGUUGUUGGAGUAA